GCGUUCCAGCCGCCAGGCCGAGGCCACCAGGGAGGAGACCGACGCGCCGCGCCGCGCCGGCGACUUCGCCCUGCGCCCGCGCACGCCCGCCCGUCGCCCCGUCGCCCGUCGCCCGUCGCCGCGUCGCGCUUUGCCACCGUCCCCUGUCCCAGUCGCGCGGUCGCCGCUUCGCUGCUUCGGCCCCUCCACGCGCCAGCGCCGGCGGCCCGCUCUAGGUGUCUCGGCGCCUCCAGUCCAUGCGCCAGCGCCAGCGCCAGCGGCGCCGUUCCGGAGCUCCAGACGAAGCCCGAGGGACGAAGUAAAUUUCUGCCAUGGAAACAACUCAGAAAGCUGAUCCAGUGGAACCAGCAGCUAAGAUUGUUCGACAAACCUCACAGUUCAAACGGUGGGGACGGAAACAUCCAUUUGUUCGAUAUGGGCUGCCACUUAUCUCUUUGACAGUGUUUGGUGCAGUAGGACUCGCUCAUCUUAUACAGGGCAGCAAAGAAGUAACAAAGGAAAAGGAGGACAUGGAAUGGGAGGUUGUAGAAACAACAAAAGCCCUGAGCCGAACAGGACCGGUGGAAGGAGCCUACAAGCCUAAGAAGCUUUCACUAGAGGAUGAGCUGAAGGCUUUGCAGCAAAAGGUGGACAUAAACAACUAUGACUACAAGAGGAUUCCCAGACCCAAUGAGAAAUAAUUGAAGUAAAGCAUCAUUUACCACCCUGAGAAGCAAAGUAAAAGUCUCAUCAUUUUUUCCUUCGUGACAUCUGUUUAAUGCUGACUGCCCAAAUGAGAUGAGGAAAUUCCAGCAUUGUAGCCGGCAACAACCUCCAGUAUUAUCAUGAGAACUCUAUGUUCUUUCUGCCACCAUUGUAGAGAAUUAAGGUGAUGAUUCUUGAACUGUACGAAUCAGCGUUUGUAACGACGGCACUAGGCAUGAUAAACUUGGCUGUAGCUUUGUAUGUCUACUCUUGUGAGAUUUUUUUGGUGUUGGAAUACUGCCCCAGGAAUGGGUGAAUAAAUUGCAAGACUACUCUUGACAUGUGAACUACA